UUUUUUACCUUUUCAUUGUUUUAUAACUUCUACUCCCUCUUACACACUUUCACUUCACUAAACAACUACUCCAACUCAUAACCAAACAACAAUGGCUGCUGCACAAAGUAUCAUUUCUGAAUCUAAGAUCCGGAUGGAAAUGAUGGGGCCCGACCCACAUUUGGAUGAUCCGGGAGAAACAGCAAAGACAAGUGCAUCAUUUAAUGAUGAUUCAAACAAGGUGGUGAUGAAGAUGGUAAAUGCAGAAAUUGAUACUUCAGCUCCGUUUGAUUCGGUUAAGGAAGCUGUCACUCGAUUCGGUGGACUUGGCUACUGGAAGCCUCCUCCAAUUUCUGAGCAUGACCUUGAUACCAUGGAUAUUACAAAAUUGGAGGCACAGGCUGUGCAGCUGGAGAAGGAUCUGAUUCUAAAAGAAAGUGAAACAUUUCAUCUCUUGAAAGACCUGGAAAACGCUAAGACGGUAGUGGAAACUCUCAAAGUGAAGAUACAAAAUGAAGCAUCUGAAGUCAAUGCAGCCCUCCUUCCUAACUUACAGGACAAUGAUGUGAACUUAGAUAACAAAGAAAACCUUGCAGUUAGCUGUCAGAAGCCAGUUUGGCAAUUGGAUGCUUGUCCGUCGUCGACCCCUGAUUCUAUUUUAGUGGAACUAAAGCAGGCCAAGGUAAACCUAACCAGGACAACACAUGAUCUUGCUGAUAUUCGAGCUACUGUUGAGGCUUAUAACACGAUGAUAGAGAAAGAAAGAAACUUGCUAGAGAAGACUCGUCAAAGGUUAUCCUUGAGCACUUCAAAUCUUUCCUCUCUUGGCGAAAAGAUCAACCAGACAAAUGAGGAACUGCAGCUUGUCAGAGAUGCUAAAGCUAAAGGCAGUUCCGAUCAUACUAUGAACAUUGCAAGGGAGCUCCACCGCUUGAAUUCAGAGACCGAACAGUUUAAGAAGAUUAGUGAAGCAGCAAAAUCAGAAAUUUCAAGAGCAACAUGUGAGAUUGAACAGACUAACAGUGCGAUAAAGACUGCUGAAAUCAGGUUGAUUGCAGCAAAAACAAUGAAGGAAGCUGCUAAGGCUACUGAAGCUUUUGCUCUUGCUGAAAUAAAGGCUCUAUCAAACCAUCAAAUACCUUCUAAAGUUUGCCAGGACAAUACUGCAAGAAUAACUUUAUCAUUGGACGAGUACUAUUUUCUAACCUCCAGAGCUCUGAGAGCUGAGGAACUAUGCAAGAGUAAAGAAAUGGAUGCCAUGCUUAUAGUCGAUGAAGCUAAUGUAUCACAAACAGAGAUCCUAAAGAGGGUGGAGGAAGUUACAAAAGAAGUUAAAAUCAGCAAAGACGUCCUGGAAGAAGCUCUGAACCGAGUUGAGGCUGCAAAUAAAGGGAAGUUGGCUGUUGAAGAGGCUCUGAGGAAGUGGCGAUCUAAGCAUGGUAAAAAAAGACGGUCUGUACACAAAUCUACAACCAAAUUCAAGAACUCUCACCAGCAAAAAGCUUCACAUGCGGUUGGCAUGAAUGGCCCAAAUAUCAUGAAUAAUGACUCCAAGCCAAUAUUAAGACCCACGCUAUCAAUAGGCCAAAUCCUGAGCAGGAAACUGCUUUUGGCUGAAGAUUAUGACAAUGGUACGCGAGCAGACCAUAGUCUAGAGAAAAGAACGCUUUCCUUGGGUCAAAUGCUUGGCAAAACAAGCUGUGAUAGUGUGCACGCCCUUGCUCCCAAGAGUAAGACCAGAAGUGAUGACAAGCUGUUGUUACCUGCAAAGAGGAAGAAGUUUGGAUUUCCUCGGAUCUCACAGCUUGUGGCAAAGCAAAGCAAGAAGAGACAAACCUCAUCCUCAAGCUCAAGGGUCACAUUGUGCAGAUCAGUUGAGAUAAAUUAGUAAUUAACUUGUUAUUCUUUAGACUUGCUUAACUAUUUGAUUGAUUUCUUGAUUUUUUAGUCAGUGAUUUAUUCUUUGAUAUUAGGCAGUGAUUGUUUUCUUGGAUUA